AUGCGUGAUCGAUUAAUCGAACUUCAAACAUUAGCUGGUCUCGAAGAAAAUCGACAAGUUCAGCCACUUCUCAAUCAAUCAACAUCACACAAUGAUUCGUUUGAACAAUUUCUGACGAAAAUCGACAAUUUUCGACAUAUUUUGACGACUUUGUCGGCAGAUCGAAUGAUUAUUCGACGAAUGCAAAAUGAUAUUUUGAAAUCGGGACACGAUUCGAUGAAAACGAGAGAAUUGAAUGAACAUGUUGAUCGAUUUAUACAAAGAGCACGAUUUUUGAGAGAGAAAUUGGGAAGUUUGACAAAUGAUCUCAAUCAACAUUAUCCGGAGGGAAAAAGUGGAUCAGCAAGAGCCAGACAUGAACAGGUACGGGUUUUGAGAUGAUUAGAUACCUAGUUGGGACCUUAAAAUGAAAAGUCACAAAAAAAUCGGGGCGAUUUUUUUCACUCACAGAAAAAAAUUCGGGCCGAUUUUUUUCACUCACAAAAAAACUCGGACCGAUUUUUUUUCACUCACAGAAAAAAAUUCGGGCCGAUUUUUUUCAUUCACAAAUAAACUCGGACCGAUUUUUUUCACUCACAAAAAAAAUCGGGCCGAUUUUUCUUGGUCUCAGAAUCCGAACGUUCCACUUGUUUGACUGAAAAAUUCCUCAACCUUCAUUUUUUGCAGGUUCGUGUUCUUCAUUUGACAUUCGAAACACUAAUGACAACUUUCAACGAAGAUCAAAUGAUUUUUCGCGAAAAAUCAGCUCAAAAAAUUCAAGAUUAUCUAAAAGUGCAAAAUAUUGAAGUGUCUGAUUCACAAAUCGAAGAAGCGAUUGAAAGUGGAAAUAUUCAACAAUUGACAUUAAAUGGACAUUUGGGAAUUGAGCAAAGAAAAAUGUUGUUUAAUGAUGUGAAAAAUCGAGCAAAUGAUAUUAUGAUUUUGGAAAAACAAAUUCGAGAAAUUUCGGAAUUAUUUGAGGAUAUUAAUAUGAUGGUUAAUCAUCAGAGUAGGUUUUUUAUUUGGAAAAUUUAAUAUUGAAAAAGAUUUAGAAAUUAUAUUGAGCCCUGUAUUUUUAACCAAAAAAUGCAUAGAAAAAUUCAGGAUUUUUGAAGUUCAAGUUCAUGUUUUCAAAUUUUAGGGCUCAACAAAAAUUCUCAUUAUUUUCAAAAAAAUUAGAAAAAAGUACCUGCGGUUUUUGAAACAAAAGAAUCGAAAUUCGAAAGUUUGUCUUGAAGAUUUCUGAAAUCUCACCAAUUGAAAAAAAUUAAUUAUUUCAUAUUCCUUGUUACAGGCGAAACAAUAAAUCGAAUCGAAUCAAGUGUUCUGAGCGCUGAAAAUUUCGCCGAAAAAGCUGGACAAAAUGUGAAAGCCGCGAUUGAAAUGCGAAAAAGAAAUAAUAAAAUGAAAAUUUGUUGCCUUGUCAUUUCAAUUGUCGCAAUUUUACUCGCUUUGAUCUUUCUUCAAUCAAUUGUUUGUCUUUAUACACCAAUUUGUUAA